UGUUGGAUCAGGAAGUAGGCAGAGCCGAUGCAGGAAUCCCGAGCUGAGCUCACCGUCAGCGGCUGUGUUUAUUCGAUCGGUCGACCGUUUCCCCCGAUCUCACCUUUUUUAACAUUCAGGUUACAUGCUGCGUGGCUUUCUGGUCCGUCGAGGUAGGCGCAUUUCUUCGGAUUUGACCGUUUUGUAGCACCAGCUAUGGCAUCUAUCAAGCAGAGAAACUCGGGCCUCGUCCAGCGGAGGACCGAGGCCAUCCGCAGCGCCGCCGACAAGGACAGGGACUCCGCCGACGAGGAGGACGAAGCGCGCCGCGGGGAGGAGGAGGACGACGACAACGACAAGGGGGACUCGAAGGAAACCAGACUCACGUUGAUGGAGGAAGUGUUGCUCCUGGGCCUCAAGGACCGAGAGGGCUACACGUCUUUCUGGAACGACUGUAUUUCUUCCGGUCUCCGCGGGUGUAUGCUGGUGGAGCUGGCCCUCAGAGGGAGGCUACAGCUGGAGGCCUGCGGGGUGAGGCGGAGGAGCCUGCUUUCCAGAAAGGUGAUCUGCAAGUCGGACGCUGCGACGGGAGACGUGCUACUGGACGAGGCCUUGAAGCACAUUAAAGAGACCCAGCCUCCAGAGACCGUCCAGAGCUGGAUCGAGCUGCUGAGUGGAGAGACCUGGAAUCCCCUGAAGCUGCACUACCAGCUGAGAAAUGUUAGAGAACGUUUGGCCAAAAACCUGGUAGAGAAAGGUGUGCUCACCACAGAGAAACAAAACUUCCUGCUUUUUGACAUGACCACACAUCCGCUCACCAACAGCACCAUUAAACAGCGCCUCGUCAAGAAGGUCCAGGAAUCCGUUUUGGAGAAGUGGGUCAACGAUCCUCACCGCAUGGACAAGCGGGUUCUGUCCCUGAUCCUUCUGGCCCAUUCGUCCGACGUCCUCGAGAACGCCUUCGCCCCACUACAGGACGAGCAGUACGACCUGGGCAUGAAGAGAGUCCACACUCUGCUGGAGCUGGAGCCGGAGAAGGAGAGCGCAAAGCCCAACGUCAACGAACUCAUGUGGGCCGUGGUGGCCGCGUUUACUAAAUGAAAAAACACCUGAUUGGUUGGACUGGAAGAUCUGGCUAUGGUCUGUGUUAUUGAAUUGGUUGAAGGACUUCACAUUAAUGAGACAGACUUCACUUUAAUGAGACAAUCUAUUUUGGUUGGGGAGCCUGUUUGUACAUCUACUCCGGAUGACAUUUUGGUGGCAGUCCAUAUUAACCCAGUGCAAUCUGAUUGGUGGUGGGCUUCACCAAGUAACGUUUGGUUGGUUGGAACGAAUAAAAACAAAAACGACUGGCUGCUUUCACACAGUGAGGUAUAUUAUCUGCUGCUGCGAGGCUGGAUAUACGUAUAUUCAUCAGCACUACCAACAGAUGGGUUUCUGUUCAUGUUAGAUGACAUCAAAGAACAAAAGCAGGUGGCAGCAGUAGUCCUGGUGAAUAUGAAGAUUUUGACUGGGGGGCCAAGAUUCCCUUCCUCACUAAGGGAACAUCAUCGCUACCUUUUUUUUUCUACAAGGUUUGGCCAGAAUCAAAUCCUGGUCUCUUCUCCAUUCUCCCCCCACAUGCUUAUAUGCAAGGAUAAAGGUUAGCACAUCCCACUGCUAUCGAUGCUCUUCAGCAGGUCUCCUGCUUCCACCGGUUCUUCCCCACCUGUUGGGAGGUCACGUUUUAGGGUUACUGCUAGAUCAGACUACCUGAAUGUUUUACUGAGUCACUCUUGUUUUCUUAUUCAAUUAUCUUUCCUCCUUUUCCUCCUCAUUGCAUUUUGAAGAGGAAGUGGAGGACACAAAUCACUAUGUACUGGCCUGCAUCAUUAGCCCUCCUAAACCCUAACCCACAUGAAGAAAUAAACCUAGAGUCUAACAAAACUUUUUAUCGUACUAGUUGCAAUGGGUCCAUUGUGUGUUUACAGAAUGAGACUAGUCUUCCAUUUCUAUUUAUGUUGCUAAUCGAUGCUUACAGUAGCCUGCCAUUUAUCAACUAUUUUGCACAGUCAAUAGUGGGGAGGGUCGUGUUCGUCGGGUUUUCUUGGGUUGAGUUCUUGAGAUGACGAAGGUUGAAAGUUAUGAACCGAAGCAACUAUGGGUUAAAUAAAUAGAUCUCAUUUAUUUUGUCUACAGCUCUUGAUCUUUACGAAUACUUUAAAAUCAUUCCUCUGGGUGGGUAUAUAUAUAUAUAUGUGUAUGUAUGUAUAUGUGUGUAUAUGUAUGUAU